AUGGGGAAGGACGAAUUCAGAAACUUGUUCCGCAUUAACCGCGCCAUCCUAGAUUACAUUGUAGUCGGGAUGGCGAUCUACAUGCAGCCGUACGUGGACAGAUAUCUCAUUAGCCACGAGGUGGCAUGCCUGGUCGCUAUCAAAUACCUGGCCACCGGCAUGUCGUUCGUGGACUUGUCUCUCGUCUUCGACCUCUCCAAGACCCUGUGCCACAUGCUUGUUGACGCUCUGCUCAUGCACUUCCCCUUCGUCUUCAAGCAGCAGUGGGUCCACUUCCCGACCCGUAACGACCUCGACGAGAUGGCGGAGGAGUUCCGCGCCAUCAAAGGAGUCCCUGCAGUAGUGGGGGCUAUAGACGGCACACACGAGCACAUGAAGGGGAUGGAGGGGCACAUGCAGGAGUACUACACGCGCAAGUCAUGCUACGCUGUCCAGCUGCAGCUCACAUGCGAUGCGCGCGGAAUCAUUUGGGACUAUUUGAUCGGAUACCCGGGCAGUGCACACGAUCAGAGGGCCUAA